AUAAAUAGAAGGCAAUUUUCAUGAAUUUUCACAAACAGUUUUCAUUAAUAUAUUGUUUCAUAGUUUUCACAACAAUAAUAAUGAAAGCCACUUAUAUUUCUCUGUUACUUUUUGUGGGUUAUGCCAAUUUCGGCUUUUCUUCCCCUGUACCAGAAUAUACACCACCAGUUAAAGACGAUGCUAAACAACCUGCAAUAAAAAGAGCGUUAAAGCACACACAUGGUGUUUUCCGUAUAAUCGAAAAAUUAAUUUUAUCUGAUGCUCCUAAAGUAGAAAGUAAACUUAUUCAAGAUAUAAGUGACAGUGUGUCAAGUAUAAGUUUGCCAGUAGCGAACAUGGAUAUUUUACAAGAUGACAUAUUGAACUUCAUAAACGCCACAAAAAAAAUUUUAAAACAUUUUUCAGAUGUUGGAGGUAACGUGGGAAAUUUGACUGUUUCAAUAAUAAAUACAGUAAAAGAUCUUCUACAAGUUCUUGAUGAUAAAUUCACAAAGUUCGCAAAAUAUGCAACAAAUAAAGAGUUAAUAUCCUUAAAAGAUAUUCUCGAUGGACUCCAAAAUUUUCUUUUAAAUGAAAUUAAAGAAAUAGAAAAUAAUUAUGGUCAAGAAAAAGUACAACCGGUAAAACAAAGACUACGAGAAGCACUACUAGAACCAUUUCGAGGAGGUGGAGAGGUAGAACCAACACAACGAGGAUCACUACUAGAACCAUUUCGAGGAGGUGGAGAUACAGAUGGACCAGCACAACAAAUUGAAAACGAUAACUUGGAAAAAGUAUACCCGGUAAAACAAAGACUACGAGAAGAACUACUAGAACCAUUUCGAGGAGGUGGAGAGGUAGAACCAACACAACGAGGAUCACUACUAGAACCAUUUCGAGGAGGUGGAGAUACAGAUGGACCAGCACAACAAAUUGAAAACGAUAACUUGGAAAAAGUAUACCCGGUAAAACAAAGACUACGAGAAGAACUACUAGAACCAUUUCGAGGAGGUGGAGAGGUAGAACCAACACAACGAGGAUCACUACUAGAACCAUUUCGAGGAGGUGGAGAUACAGAUGGACCAGCACAACAAAUUGAAAACGAUAACUUGGAAAAAGUAUACCCGGUAAAACAAAGACUACGAGAAGAACUACUAGAACCAUUUCGAGGAGGUGGAGAGGUAGAACCAACACAACGAGGAUCACUACUAGAACCAUUUCGAGGAGGUGGAGAUACAGAUGGACCAGCACAACAAAUUGAAAACGAUAACUUGGAAAAAGUAUACCCGGUAAAACAAAGACUACGAGAAGCACUACUAGAACCAUUUCGAGGAGGUGGAGAGGUAGAACCAACACAACGAGGAUCACUACUAGAACCAUUUCGAGGAGGUGGAGAUACAGAUGGACCAGCACAACAAAUUGAAAACGAUAACUUGGAAGAAAUACACCCGGAAGAACUACCAUCACAACCAAGAGAUCUACUACUAGAACUCAAUUCCACAAUCCACAAAUACCCUUCCCCCCCUAGUAACUAAGUGGAUUAUUAUGGAUUAAAAAUUUUGUUUAAUUAAACCUAUAAAUAUCGUAAAUAUUACUUAUCAAAAUUGCAAGUUGUCCUAAGGAACUGUCGGAAUACACUUAUUGGACCAUAGAUGGGAAAUAACAACGAUAUAAACAAAUUCCUAGCGUACUUUUACAAAAUAUAUUUGAAUGGAUCUUUUCAAUUAAUAAAUUAACAAUUAUUUAAAAUAAAAAAUUGACAAUUAA